UGGGUCGAAGCAUAUCUCGAAGUUUUUCUUCUUAACGUUUAUUUUCACAGUGAAUUGAAUCUGAAAAUGGUUGAGGGAGUGGCAAAGGCAAUGUCGAUUAUGAUCAUAGCCGCCGUUGUCACGGCCAUGGCCGGUGCGGCGGCGCGUGCGCAAAAAGUGCCGUGUUACUUCGUGUUUGGAGACACCUUCUUCGACAACGGCAAUAACAACGACUUGGUAACGCAAACAAAAUCCAACUAUCUACCGUUCGGUAUUGACUUUCCCAAUGGUUCGACCGGCCGGUUCACCAACGGCCGCACUAUCCCCGAUUUCCUCGCUGAAUUCCUGGGGUUCAAGGAUUAUAUCCCGCCCUUUGCCGGAUCAUCUCCGUCACAAGUGUUCACCGGUCUAAAUUAUGCGUCUGGAGCAUCCGGACUCCUCGACGAUACCGGAAGAAACAUGGGCGAUAACCUCGGUCUGAGCAGACAAAUAGCGAACCACUUGGAGGCUAUCACGAGGGCGGCCGUACCACAGCACCGGCUGAAGAGGUGUUUGUACACAAUUAGCACCGGAGGCAGCGAUUUCGUCAACAACUACUUGAUGUCGCCUCCGUUCAUUACCGGUCUCGUUUUCACUCCCGACCAGUUCACCGAGUUUCUCGUCCAACUCUAUGCUUCUAAUUUGAAGGUUUUGUAUAUAUCCGGAGCAAGGAAAGUUGCAUUGUUCGGAUCUCCUGAAGUCGGAUGCGCACCGGGGCUGGCCAACGCCCAACAUGGUGGAAAUGGCUGUGACGAGGAUGCCAACUCCUUAGUCAGGCUAUUCAACAAUAGGCUCAGAGCUCUCAUCGCUGAUAUCAACAAAAACCUAACUGAUGCCAAAUUCACUUACGCCGAUGGGUUCAACACCGGAGGACUAGGGCUGAGGAACGACACCACCUGCUGCACGGUCGAACCGGGAAAGAUUCUAUGCGUACCGAACGGGCCGGUUUGUGCAGACCGGACCAAAUACGCCUAUUUUGACGCCUUCCACUUCACAGAGGUCGUACACUCAGCCGGGGCGACGGCUGCCUUCACCGGCCAGACCGCUUCUCCGUACAGCAUCGAAGAGCUUGCUAGUUAAUUAACUGAAACCACCUACCCCUUAUAUAUAUGAACGUACGUGAAAUAAUUGACUGUUGUUAGCAGUACAAAAUUAGCUACCAGUGGGCCGUCCUGUAAUAAAAUGCCAAAGCUUAUAUGUUAUGGAUAAU